CUCUUAAACAGAAGGCUGAUGAGCAACUCUCUGCGUCAAUCCUGGAUCUCUGACGUAAUAGCUCCGCAAUGCUCACCCGCACACCUGGAUCUGUGACGCUGUUUGUAGGCAUUCUCUAUGUGCUGCUCCCUUACAUUCCUGCAGAAGAUGCCGGGGGUCCCGAUGAUCGCCUCCCCCAAUUGUUCUGUAAAGGCACGUUUCUUAUUGAAAGCAAAGAACAUCACAAGUGCAUUGCAGUGGAAUCAUCUGAAAUUCUCUUAAAAGAAUGCAAGCAACUUUCGGAAAACAUGUUGUGGAGAUGGGCAUCGAGACGUCUUCUCUUCAACAUGGGGAGCAGUAGAUGUCUGGGGCUUAACUUGAGCGGCUCCCACACACCUUUAGAGAUGUUGCAAUGCGACUCUCCUGAUGUAACACAGAGGUGGCGCUUAACUUUUGGCAUUCUGAUGGGCAAUGGCGGCUACAAGGUAGUGGCUGUAGACGGACGUGUAGUGGCCAGCAAGACUUUGUACCACGAGUGGAGGCAGUAUAUGCCGAAUAAUGAAAGCUUCUGUGAACAGAGUUCCCAAGAAAUAUACUCACUUCGGGGUAACGGUUUGGGUCAACCAUGUUUAUUUCCAUUUAAAUACAAAAAUAUUUGGUACCAUGAAUGUACUAACAGUGGAAGAGAAGACAGAUUAUACUGGUGUUCCACCACAAUGAAUUAUGACAGGGAUGGAACAUGGGGAUACUGUCCACAUUCUGAAGCAGGCUGUGGAUUAUUUUGGGAACAGAACAAUGCUACACAGACCUGUUACCAAUUCAACUCCGACGCUUCGGUCACUUGGUUCCAAGCCCGUGCCUCUUGUCAAGAGCAAGGUGGAGAUCUCCUGAGUAUCACCGAUGUGGAUGAAUGGAAAUACAUAUCUGAGAGAUUAAGCAAUCAAACUGGGUUCUGGAUCGGCAUCAAUGACUUGAAUGGAGCUGCUGGCUGGCAGUGGUCGGAUGGAUCACCUUUGGCAUUGCUGGCCUCAAAAUCUGAUUUGCAAAAGUCCCCGUCUCUGGUCUUUGAACGCGUAUUUGAUGGACAGUGCGGCAUGCUAGACAGUCACAAGUUUAGAAGCUUCCCGUGUUAUCUUCCUUCACGUUACGUGUGUAAGAAGUAUAUUACUCGUAGUGAACGGGAAACGUUUGAUACAUGGAAAUAUUACCCAACAAAGUGUGAUUUUGGUUGGUAUCCACACAAUCGUUAUUGUUAUAAGCUUCAGAGGGAAGAACUGUCUUGGGACAAUGCUUCUGCUGCUUGUCACCUCAGCGGGAGUGAAUUGACGAGUUGGACAUCACAGGCAGAAGCUGAAAUCAUAGUGAAAGUUCUAAAUAGCGAAAGUGAGACCCGGGCUUGGAUUGGGAUGAGUGCAGAACAGCAGCAUCCUAUUAUUUUCCAGUGGGUAGAUGGCUCCAACGUGACCUUCACCGACUGGCAGAGAAAUGAACCUUUUAUAUCCCAAGAAGCUGAUCGUUUUUGUGUGUUUGCAGAAGGAACCAACGGACAAUGGAAAGUUAAUAACUGUAGCGAAAAAAUGUUCUCUGUUUGUAAGAAAUCAGGACAGCUUGACUCCAUUAGUGAAAAUCAAUGUGGAAAGGACUGGGAAAGAUACGGCACAAAUUGUUACCGGAUUGAUGUCACCGAACGAACAUUUGACCAGGCGUCGAGUGGCUACCACUGUGCCUCCCCGUUAGCAACCAUAACUAACAGGUUUGAACAAGCUUUUGUUAGUAGUAUGAUCUCUAGUAAGGUACAAACCGAAGACACUCAUUUCUGGAUCGGUCUACAGGAUCGAAAUAAUUCAGGAGAAUACAUGUGGGUUACCAACGGAGCAUAUGAGCAAGCUGUGACCUUCACCAACUGGAAUAAAGGUCAUCCCAAUCACCUAGGUGGAUGUGCCGCUGUGCGGAAUGGGAAGCACCUUGGGCGCUGGGAAGUAAAGGACUGCAAUUCGUUUAAGGCAAAGUCACUGUGUAAGAAGACAUUGGCCGGUGUAACAAAGAAGCCGUCAGAUUCCAGCGAAAACUCUUUGGAUUCAAAUCAUAUGUGUGAUUUAUGGGAAUCGGAACCGCAUUUUCAUCAUUGUUACAAGGUUUACCAUCACGAGAAGGUGAUCAGGAAAAGAACGUGGUUGGAAGCUGAGGGUUUUUGCCAGGCGUACGGUGCGCACCUUGUUAGCUUUUCACAUAUAGAAGAGGAGAGAUUUGUGGCAGAGCUGGUGGACACCAUGUUUCAUGGAUAUGAGGAGAGACAGUUCUGGAUCGGAUUCAAUAAAAGAAAUCCAUCUUCUGAAGGGUCCUGGGAAUGGUCAGAUGGUUCACCGGUGGUGUCUUCGCUUAUAGAAGACACGUUUGAUGAGGAUGAAUCCUUAAACUGUGCGGUUUACCGAGCCGAUAACAAAGUAGUCCCCGUGCACUGCGAUUCAAAGUUUGAAUGGAUCUGCAAAAUGCCAAAAGGCAUGACUCCAAAGAUACCAGAGUGGCAUGUCAGAGAUAUUCCUUGGGUUUUCUUUCAAGGAUACGAAUAUUUAUUCUACGACCAACCCUUUCAAUUUCUGGGGUUUGAAUUUGUCUGUGCUUGGCUUGGGAGUGAAAGGGUUACCAUACAUUCCCCGGCAGAACAAGCUUUUAUUUACAACAGAAUAAAAAAGAUAUCAAAGAAGAGGCAGAACUGGUGGAUCGGACAUCUCCAUGAAAGCCCGCAUGAUGGAUUGCAAAGGUGGACAGACGGACUCCCUAUGAAAUACACAAACUGGGAGGGUGCGUUCGAUAUCACCAACGUAUCUUUGAACGUCCCACAGUGUGCUUACAUUUCUUCAGACACAGGACUUUGGGGUUUUUCGGAAUGUUCUGCAUUGAACCCUGGAAUCUGCAGAACAGAUAAAACAUUUAAAGUCGAAAAAGAAACUUAUACAUUUCCCAUGGAAGACUUCAAGAAUGGGACUUGUCCUCCGCAAUGGAUUCACUAUGGACGCAAGUGUUUCUUUGUGCAUAAAGGUGAAGAUAAUGGGAUACUGGACAGCUGGUUCGAUGCACAGGAAUACUGCAACAGCCAUGGCGGUAAUCUUGUCUGCAUUGAAAAUGAAAUAGAACAAGCUUUUGUGGUUAUUCAACUUUUCGGGGAGAAAAAUGGUUUUUGGAUUAAUUUGCGGAACAGUGACUACGAAAAAUGGGAAAGUGGUCUUUCUAGAAAAUAUUCCAACUGGUCUCCAGUAGAGUCAAUUCAUGAGAAGGCAACCAUUACUAAUGGAAGUUCAGACAACCAGCGGGCUCUGUGUGGUGUAAUAUCGAGCAAUGGUGAUCGCCAUGCCACUGGGAAAUGGUACCUCGACCAGUGCAAUAGAAAAGGCUAUGGAUUAGUUUGUGAGAAAAGACAAGAUAUUGCUGCUCAUAGUUUUAAUGAAACUGAAAUGUACCCAGUGCUGGACAUCAUGGAAUACGGGCACAAAACCUACAAAAUGAUCUCUGGCAACGUAACGUGGUACGAGGCUUACACGAGCUGCCGGGGAUACGGGGCUGAUUUGGUCAGCGUGACUGAUGAGUAUCACCAGGCCUUCCUGACGGUCAUCAUAAACCGACUGGGUUAUUCCCACUGGAUUGGAUUCUCCACGGUAGAUAAGGGACGCCAUUUUGAAUGGGCUGAUGGCUCCAACUCUACAUUCACUGCAUGGGAAGAUGAAGAGUCUCCAUUUGGUGGAAACUGUGCCUAUAUGGACAUUGAUGGAUACUGGGGAAUGGAAGACUGUGACCAUGAACUCCAAGGGGCUGUCUGUCUUCUGUCCAAAAAUAAUACGGGUUUUGUAGACCAUCCUGUGGGUACAACGAUAAAUCACGAGGCUAUUCCGGUUGCUGUGGCGUCGUUCGUGACGCUGCUUGGUUUGCUGUUCCUGGGCUACGUCUUCCAUCGGAACAAGCGUUUCUGCAGCACAGCCACAAACCUUCCGACGCUGCCGCGGUCACAAGCCUGCGCCGAGGCCGGGGAGACAGAGGAACUAUCCUUAUUACAGAAUUAAAAGCAGAACGUGACAAGGGGCUUCAGCAACAGGGAAACUAAAACAUGGACGCCUGAGUCAAUGUCAUUUUUUUCAAACUUCUUGUCUUGUCUCUUUCCCGCUGUAAAUGUGCACGCCUGAAUCCCAUUAUUUGAAAACCUUAUAUUAUUUAUAAUAAAGUUAUUCCG